GGUAGGGAGCGAGGUCACGUGGUAUUGUUUCCAGCUCCAAGACGCCAUUUUGGAGGAAAGUUUGGAAUUUCGGUCAUAUAGGAGGAAAAAGAGGAGGAGGAAACGAGAGAAGUUUGACUUUAAGAAAUCGCAAAGAAGCGAGGAGGGGGAGAGAGGAGAAAACCCACAGCAAAACAGAGCAAAUGCGCCCGGAAUGCAAGCAUUCAACUUUGCAUAUGUGAAACUGAAACGCGAUUUGUGUUAUUUUGGAUCUUAGUUUUUUUUCUGUCUUGCUCUGCUACGUGCGUGUUGGUUUGGGGAAAACUGUGGGCUGCCGGAAUUCUGCAAUCACUAGAUUUCCUUGUGGAUUAUUGCUUUUCGUAAAGUUUCUCAAAGUCUGGUUUCUGAAACAUAAGCAGUAUUGUAUGUGUGCCCCCUCCCUCUCGCUCCAGGCAGGUUUGCUGUGUUGUACAGUAUCGUACUGGUGGGUGGUGUGUUCUCUCAGCAGGAUUCCAAUUUCCAGACACAGUGACAGAAAUCUGCUUCCAUUCUUUUCAUAUCAAAAUCACGAGCGGAUCUUUUAAAAACCCCAACACCUAGCCAAUUGGAUUUAAUGCAAAAGGGCUACACCCGUUUUUGUAUUCUAUUCAAGGACUCCUAAAUCAAAGGGAUUGCUUUAUUGUGUGCUUAAUUUUUUAAAAUUAGGAUUUCUCACCCAGAAUCCGAAGAUGCCGGUGAGGAAGAAAGAUGCACUGCGAGCUUUGGGUCUCCUUGAAGAAUAUCGGUCGAAACUGAGUCAAACAGAGGACAGACAACUCAGAAACUCAAUUGAGAGAGUUAUCAACAUCUUUCAGAGCAACCUGUUCCAGGCUCUCAUAGAUAUCCAAGAAUUUUAUGAAGUGACCUUACUGGACAAUCAGAAAUGUGGAGAAUCUCCGAAGCCAGUAGAACCCACACCACCUGUAAACCUGUGGGAAUUCUCCAGCCUUCCAAGCACAACCGUGACUUCAGAAACACUGCCGAGCAGUGUUAGCCCGAGUGUGGAGAAAUACCGUUACCAAGAUGAAGACACGCCUCCACAAGAACACAGUUCCCCUCACCUUACCAAUGAGGUGAAAGGACCAGAGUUGGUACAUGUAUCAGAAAAGAACCUUUCACAGAUUGAGAAUGUACACGGUUUUGUCUCUCACUCACAUAUCUCCCCUAUGAAGCAGACAGAUGCUGCUCCUAUAAUCCCUGUGAUCCCUAUCCUACCAGUCCCAGCAGAGAACACUGCCAUCUCAUCUACCACGUCACAGGCAAAUCCGCCACCAGUUGUGGUGAACACAGAUAGCCUGGAUACUUCUCCUUAUGUAAACGGCACAGAAGCAGACUAUGAAUAUGAGGAGAUCACACUUGAAAGGGGAAAUUCAGGCCUUGGUUUUAGUAUCGCAGGUGGUACAGAUAAUCCCCACAUUGGAGAUGACCCGAGUAUCUUCAUUACAAAAAUCAUAGCAGGAGGUGCAGCUGCACAGGAUGGGAGACUGCGGGUGAACGACAACAUAUUAAGAGUAAAUGAUGUGGACGCCAGGGAUGUAACCCACAGCAAAGCAGUAGAAGCCCUAAAAGAAGCCGGAUCAAUCGUCAGACUAUACGUGAGAAGAAGAAAGCCGGUGACGGAAAAAAUCAUGGAUCUAAAACUUGUUAAAGGCCCUAAAGGUCUCGGCUUCAGCAUAGCAGGGGGAGUUGGAAAUCAGCAUAUUCCUGGGGACAAUAGCAUUUACGUAACCAAAAUCAUCGAGGGGGGAGCGGCGCACAAAGAUGGCAGACUGCAGAUAGGAGACAAACUUCUUGCCGUGAACGCUGCUGGUCUUGAGGAGGUCAGUCAUGAAGACGCCGUGACUGCCUUGAAAAACACCCCUGAUGUAGUUUAUUUGAAAGUGGCAAAACCCACCAGCGUCUACAUGAAUGAUAGUUACGCACCUCCUGACAUCACCAACUCCUAUUCACAGCACAUGGAUAACCAUAUCAGUCCGCCAAACUACUUGGGACAACCGUUACCGCCGGCAACCCCCGGCAGAUAUUCGCCUGUCUCCAAGGCAAUUGUGGGAGACGAGGAGAUUACAAGGGAGCCUAGAAAAGUGGUACUGCAUCGAGGCUCCACAGGUCUGGGCUUCAAUAUCGUUGGAGGAGAGGACGGAGAAGGAAUAUUCAUCUCCUUCAUUUUGGCAGGAGGGCCAGCGGACUUGUGUGGGGAGCUGAGGAAAGGAGACCGCAUCAUCUCCGUGAACGGUGUUGACCUUCGGAGUGCGACGCACGAGCAGGCUGCCGCAGCUCUGAAGAACGCAGGCCAGACAGUCACCAUCGUCGCUCAGUAUCGUCCAGAGGAAUACAGUCGGUUUGAAGCCAAAAUCCAUGAUCUACGGGAGCAGAUGAUGAACAGCAGUGUAAGCUCAGGAUCUGGGUCGUUGCGGACCAGCCAGAAGAGAUCACUCUAUGUCAGAGCUCUGUUUGACUAUGAUAAGACCAAGGACAGUGGGCUCCCGAGUCAAGGUCUGAACUUCCAGUUUGGGGACAUUCUGCAUGUUAUCAAUGCCUCAGAUGACGAGUGGUGGCAAGCACGGCAGGUCACGCCAGAUGGAGAGAGUGAAGAGAUUGGAGUAAUCCCAAGCAAACGCAGGGUGGAAAAGAAAGAGAGAGCCAGGUUAAAGACGGUGAAAUUCAAUUCAAAAUCAAGAGACAAAGGGCAGUCAUUCAAUGACAAGCGUAAAAAGAACCUCUUUUCCCGAAAAUUCCCUUUCUACAAGAAUAAGGACCAGAGUGAGCAGGAAACCAGUGACCUUGACCAGCAUGUAACCUCUAAUGCCAGCGAUAGUGAAAGUAGUUACCCAGGUGGCCAGGAGGAAUACGUACUGUCUUACGAGCCAGUCACCCAGCAAGAAGUAAACUACUCCCGUCCAGUGAUAGUUUUGGGACCCAUGAAAGACAGAGUAAAUGACGAUCUGAUCUCAGAGUUUCCAGACAAGUUUGGCUCCUGCGUUCCUCACACAACUAGACCACAGCGUGACUACGAGGUGGAUGCCAGGGAUUAUCACUUUGUCACAUCUCGGGAGCAGAUGGAGAAGGACAUUCAGGAUCACAAGUUCAUUGAGGCCGGCCAGUACAACAACCACCUGUACGGAACCAGUGUGCAGUCAGUACGGGAGGUAGCAGAAAAGGGCAAGCACUGUAUCCUGGAUGUGUCAGGCAAUGCUAUCAAGAGGCUACAGAUAGCACUGCUCUAUCCAAUUGCUGUUUUCAUUAAACCAAAAUCCGUAGAAAAUAUUAUGGAGAUGAAUAAGCGUCUGACAGAGGAGCAAGGCAGGAAGACCUUCGAGAGAGCCAUGAAACUGGAGCAGGAAUUCACAGAGCACUUCACAGCUAUUGUUCAAGGGGACACGCUAGAGGAGAUAUACAACCAGGUUAAACAAAUCAUCGAGGAGCAGUCCGGCCCCUAUAUCUGGGUACCAGCCAAGGAGAAAUUGUGAAGAUGCUGAAUUUAUUUUUCAUUUGCAUUUUUUUUUUUUUAAACAAACCUCGCCUGCUGCGUUUGAUGGCUUUCCACCCCUUCUUUCAGAAGCCACUUGCUCCCUGUGUGUGUACGUCAUAGGGGACACAACCCCUUUUUUGUGUCUCAACAUCCUCUCUCACCUGUUGACACCAGUGUCUUGUCAAUUUGAGACUGUUGCAUAGAAAUGACUGAUUGAAUCACACUGUCUUUCUACAGAGAAGGGGGGAUAUGCCCUGACCAGCUACAAUAGGAGGAUUCUAUGGGACAGUUCCUUAAUGUUUAAGGACGGUGACUUUUUAGAGAUGCAUUAUAUAUAUAUUUUUCUUUUAAAUUGUUAUUUUCAUGGUAAAGGAAGGAAUAUACGGUCUCAUUUAUUGGGUCAGAAAAACACAAAGCAAAACUUUGCACGUUCUAGCUUUAAUAGCAUGGUUUGGAUGUUUUAUGAUUUUAUUUUGGGUUUCUUUUUGCUGUCUAAAGUUUCUUCAAAAUCAUUAAUCAUAGCCUCCUUUCUGUUGUUUUUACAUGUAUUUUGUCUCGCACAACCUCAGAUCUCCCCUUUUUAAAAGGUUAAGGUUUGGUUCAGGUACACAUAUGUUAGAAUGUUUCUAAGCGGGUUCUUCUAACAUUAAUCAGUGUCUUACCAUUAAAAACUGCUUUCUCACUAUGAUCAAUAGUAGAUUUAAUCAUCUUAGGUGCUUGGGAGAGGUCAUUUUUUAAGUAAGGCAUGACUGGUUGUGUUAGUGGUGUUGAAAGUGUCAUAUAUUAAUGGAAGAGGCUUUGGGGCCAUAAAAAGGAUUCUAUUGUACACAGUUUGAGAUUUUAACAGAUAUUUAACCCUCAGUAAACUGCCUAUUUUGUUAUAAUAAAAGCCUAUUGAACUUUACAUAACACUAUAAACUAUGGAAAUUAUUUUCUUUAUAGUUACACACACAUUAUAUAUAUAUAUAUAUAUAUAUAUAUAUAUAUAUAUAUAUAUAUAUAUAUAUAUAUAUAUAUAUAUAUAUAUAUAUAUUCCUUUACUUUUACCACCAACUCCUUUGGCAUUUUUUUUUUCUUCCUUUUUAUGCAUAUACCUUUAGAGAUUUUCAUCCUUAAUUAAUCUGAAACAUGGGGUUUGGUGGUUGGGUAAAACAGUAUUUGGUAUAAAGCCGUUGCAAAUUAAGUAACAGUGGCAGCUAGUUCUCCUCUUUUUCCUCCCAUGUAAGCUCUAUGUGAGAUUUUUCAUGCGACAUGCAUGGUGUUUAAGCAACUAGGGUAAUUCUAAAGAAAAAAAAAAAAAAGGAAAUUAAUCUGGACUCUUAUUUGUGUAUGUUUUCAUCUGAAAUUGCAAUUGUCAUAUCUUCCAUUGUAGCUCUGCAUUGGAUUGUACAAGCGUCUGUGUGGAAAGAAGAUUAUAUUUUAACAAGUUUGAAGAUCUGUUCUUUAAUAAAAAAAUGAAAUAAAAUAAAAUAAAAAAAAACCUUUUAAUCCUAAAUCAUAGGCGCUUUGACUGGUAAACCUACUCAUUUCAUGUUCUUUGGAGAGGAUUGUUUUAUAUAGGACUAUCUGCUUAUUAACUUCAUUACAGCUUUAUUACUCUUUCUGGGACUGGAAUUUGUAAAUAACUACCACCCUAUAUUCAUUCCAUUUGUCAAAAGAGGAGAACAGCUAAUAAACUUUUAUCAUACAA